GCUCCAGGGCUCAUCACAUUCUCGUUCGACAAGAGGGUAGUUUAGGCAAAUAAUCAACACCGGAAACCGGCAGGCAGCUGCAAAGGCAUUUCCGUUAAUUCCCAUUAACACCAUGGUGUUUUCCGUCAAUUCAUUUCCUUGGAUGAAGUUAACACUCUUCAACUACCUAGCCGGCAACUCUCCCCAUCACGCCGGUGACGGAAAUUCCUACGCAUUCCCAAUCAUAUUCCUCCAUCUCGCCCCUUCCCCUACUUCUCUUUUCUCCACGUGUCCCCUUCCACUCUCCUUUUCAUACCCACCUUCUCCUUCUCCGUCAGCCUCCAUUUUUUCCCGUCAACGGUUUCUAAUAUAUAAACAUACACACGCUUCCUUGUUAACUUGUAAUCGGAAUCAUCAGAUCUAAGCCAUUGAUUUCUGUAGCUAUGGACGAUGAUGAGGAGAUCCAGUCACACACAUCGGAGGCUAUCGGCUCUCCGUCGCUUUCUCCACCCAACGGGAGAAUUACGGUGACGGUGGCCGCAGGGCCUCCGUCUUCUCUUCCUCAACAACAGAACAUCAAUAACUUGGCAUUAACUGUCCCGAUCCAUCAGCCGAAGACCAACGGCGGCGGAAGGGAGGAUUGCUGGAGCGAAGGAGCGACGGCGGUGCUAAUUGACGCUUGGGGAGAGAGGUAUUUGGAGCUAAGCAGAGGGAAUCUGAAGCAGAAGCACUGGAAGGAAGUUGCGGAUAUUGUGAGUAGCAGAGAGGACUAUAAGAAGGCUGCAAAGACUGAUAUUCAGUGCAAGAACCGAAUUGAUACAGUGAAGAAGAAGUAUAAAUUGGAGAAAGCGAAGAUUGCUGCGGGUGGUGGACCCAGCAAGUGGCCGUUUUUCGAACGGUUGGAUCAGUUAAUUGGUCCAACCGCCAAGAUCCCUGUUACUGCCGCUUCUUUGUCUAGCAAAGUUCCAAUGGGAAUCCCAGUUGGGAUCCACAGUGGUGGAGCUAGUGGGUCGAACCAAUAUCAGUUUCAUGAAGGGAAGGCUCAAAUGAAGAGCAAUCAGAUAACGAAGAAUCAUAAUGUGAAACCACAGUUUCGAAAACGUUCACAAGUGGAAACUGAGUCAUCUUCGGAGGAGGAGGAGGAGAAUUUUCCAGACUCGGAGGAUAGUUUGCCACCGGAGAAGAAAUCAAGGGUGGUGGUGCAGAGAGGAGUGAAUACAAAGGAAGUGAAGGAAAGAAAGGGGUGGGGAAAUUCAAUUAGAAUGCUGACACAAGCAAUAUUAAAGUUCGGGGAAGUUUAUGAGCAGGCAGAGAGUAUGAAGUUGCAGCAGGUGAUGGAGAUGGAGAAAACAAGGAUGAAAUUUGCCAAAGAGCUGGAAUUGCAGAGGAUGCAAUUUUUCAUGAAGACCCAGAUGGAAAUCUCGCAAUUGAAGUGCAGUAGAAGGGGAGGAAAUGUUAGUCAUCAAAACCAUCACAUCAGUGGUAACAAUAUCAUUCAUACUAAUAACAAUAGUGAUAGUGAUAAUUAAGAGUUGAAUUUAGAUUUUAUAUUAAUUUAGCAGUAGAUUUGUAGGUUUCUCUGUGUUAUCCCUUUGAUUGUGGAAAACUUGUACUUGGAAAUUGAGAAUAGGGAACAUUAGUAAUGUUGAUUGCAUACUGCUUACUGCGUAGUGCUCAUGAAGCUUAUUCAGGACGAGUGUCAAAUUUGGUUCUGUCAUGCAGUAAGUAGUGAGCAUAUUUUUACGUGUAGCAUGCAUCUGCAAGAGAAUUGCUUCCUUUCCAAAUAUUGCUGCUGGUGAUUAUUGGCAAUUGUGGAUUAUUUUGUACAGUGAAUGGCGUUCUCUGCAUAUUAAUUAGUUGCUUAUAAUGAGUUUCCAGAA